AUGCCUGAAAUUGAUUGGAACUCGGAGAACACUCGAGUGUUGUGUAUGUUGUUUGCCGAACAAGUUGGAAAAGGAAAUCGGCCAAACACACACUUGAAUGCACUUGGUUAUGCUGAGGUUGAGAAAGGGUUCAAAGAAAGGACUGGAAUUGUGGCUACCAAGGUUCAGAUCAAGAACAAAUGGGACAAGUUGAAGGAAGAUUUCAAGGCAUGGAAGAAACUAAUGCUGAGGCAAACAGGGACUGGUUGGGAUCCUAUAAAGAAGACUAUUGCUAUGGAUGAUGAAUGGUGGAAAAAAGCUAGAGCUGACAUUCCGGGUUGUGGAAAGUUCAAAAAGAAGGGCCUUGAGAAUGAAGAUGACUUAGCUAAGUGUUUUGCUGACAUCACUACUAUUGGUAUUGAUCAUUGGUCUCCUCAUGUUGUGAAUGUUGAAAAUGUUGAUGAGACACAAGAGGAGGCAACCAAUUUUGAUCCACAAGAUGAUGAUGUCAUUCCUGAAACACAAGAGGAGGAUAUUGGUAUUUCUCUUCCACCUGCAAGUGGCAAGAGAUUGGCUAGGCCUGUUGAAAAAAGUGGCAAGAAGGCGAAGUCUGGAAAUGCACUCCUAAUUCAAGAAGCAGUAAACAUGAUGGAGGUUGUGAUUGCUUGUGGGGCUGGCUAUGAUAGCAAUGGACAUUACAUUGCAACUGAACUGUUUGUGAAGAAGGAGCAAAGGGAGAUGUUCAUGACCUUGCCUACUAAUGAGAUUAGGUUCACUUGGCUUAGGAGGAAGUACAAUGAUAAAUAUGACAAGUAG